CCCCGCAGUGCCAUGGGGGUACUGAACUAGAAGUUUGCUGCCAGGCCCCUGUGGCCCACUCUGGCCACAGCACAGCCCUGUGGGGUUGGCCACAUGCGCUGGCGGAGAACAAAGUCCCUCUGGCUGGUGCUGUCUGUCUCCUGGUUCAUCGUCCUCCUGGGAGUCUUCCCCCUCCUCCGCCUGGCGGUGCCUGGUGGGCCACGGCCGGGGCCCCCUGCAGGCUGGCCCCGAAGGCUGGACACAGCUCUCCUGCAGGCUUUCUCCUCUCCCAGGGAGUCUCUGGAAGAUGCGCCCAGACAUCCUCCCACACCCCAUCGUGACAGCUGCGAUUGGGCAACCUGCUUCGACACUUCCAAGUGCAGGGGUGGUGGCCUCAAGGUGCAUGUGCUCCCCUCAGCUGGCCCCAUCUCUGAGACUGAUCGCAGGAUCCUGGCCUCUGUUGAGGGCUCCAGCUACUUCACAGGGAGCCCGGCUGAGGCCUGCCUGCACCUCCUCCUCAGCUCGGGGGCGUGUGCUGCAGAGACCGAUCCAGUGCCGGCACAAUGGAAUGGGGGCAGGAACCGCCUGGUCCUCAGACUGCACCCAGAUCCCUGCCCCCCGACCCUCCAGCUGGGACAGGCGAUGGUGGCCCAGGUCAGCCCCGCAAUGGACACCUUCCGGCCCGGCUUUGAUGUGGCCCUCCCACUCCUACCUGAAGCCCACCCGCUGCGUGGUGGGGCUCCUGGCCAGUUGCGGCAGCACAGCCCCCAUCCCGGGCUGGCUUUGCUGGCCCUGGCAGAGGAGGGAGGCAGGUGGCACCCUGCAGGCACCAACUCCUCUGCCUGCCCCUGGAAAGGGCAUUGUCAGCAGGACCCUGGAUCAGAGCAGACCCACCCUGGGGCUGAGCUGCCCAAUGCCACCUUCUGCCUCAUUCCUGGCCAACGUCCUGCUGCCUUGCACUUCCUCCACGCCCUGCAGGCUGGCUGCAUCCCUGUGCUGCUUAGCCCUGGCUGGGAGCUGCCCUUCUCCGAGGUCAUCGACUGGACCAAGGCAGCCAUCGUAGCUGAUGAGAGACUCUCACUUCAGGUCCUGACUGCCCUCCAGGAGAUGCUCCCCACCCGGGUCCUCUCACUGCGCCAGCAGACCCAGCUUCUAUGGGAUGCCUACUUCUCCUCAAUCGAGAAGGUCAUCUAUACCACAUUGGAGAUUAUUCAGGACCGGAUCUUGGGUGCCUCUGCUCACCCCUCAUUGCUGUGGAACAGCCCUCCAGGGGCACUCCUGGCCCUACCCAUCUUUUCUACAAGCCCCUUGGAUUUCCCCUUCUACCACCUACAACAGGGCACUCGGCCUGCAGGCAGAUUCAGUGCCAUGAUCUGGAUGGGGGCUCUAAGCCAGCCCCCCCUGAAGCUCAUCCAGGCAGUGGCAGACUCCAAGCACUGUGCCCAGAUCUUGGUUUUCUGGAGCAGUGAGAUGCCACCUCCACUCGAGUGGCCAGAGACAGCUGUGCCCUUGACUGUCAUUAAUGGACCCAGGAAGGUCAGUGAGCGCUUCCUCCCCUACAGUGCCAUCAACACUGAUGCCAUCCUCAGCCUUGAUGCCCACAGCACUCUUUCCACAAGUGAGGUAGACUUCGCUUUCGGGGUGUGGCAGAGCUUUCCAGAGCGGCUGGUGGGGUUUCUGACCUGGAGCCACUUCUGGAAUGAGGCCCGGGGUGGCUGGGACUACACAGCUGAGAAGGCCAACGAAUUCUCCAUGGUGAGCACCUCAGCUGCCUUCUACCACAGGUAUUAUCACACCCUCUUCACCCACUCCCUGCCCAAGGCACUGAGGACCCUGGCAGACCAGGAACCCUCCUGUAUGGACGUCCUAAUGAACUUCCUGGUGGCAGAAGCCACCAAGCUGCCCCCUAUCAAGGUGCCCUACGGGAGGCAGCUUCCUCCGGAGGCAAGACCUCUAAUGGAGCCUGGACUGGAGCCGCUGCCCGACUGCGUCAACCAGGCGGCGGCAGGGUUCGGCCGCAUGCCCCUGGUGUCCUCUCGCUUGCGUCUGGAACCAGUGCUCUACAAGGACCCGGUGUCCGUGCUGCGUAAGAAGUAUCGCGACCUGGAGAAAACCUAGUAGGAACUGGCCAAGAACCCAACCUUGCCUCCGGGUGAUAGCUGCACCGGUCUGAGGGUGGGACGCCAAUCAGGGCAGCCAGUUGACCAACACGCUACAUCCCUAUUGGUCCAUCACACAGGACGGGGCGGAGCCUUGGUCCUUUUAGCAUCUCUGCAGCUAGUAGGUUUGGAGGCGCAACCCGAACCUGUUCCUCCUACCUGGAGGGGUCUUUGCUUCCUUGUGGAGCUGAUUUCUACUUGCCUUUCAUAAAGUCCCUCUUCCAGGGACUUUAUGACUUCACCCCCGCCUCGGAUGGGCUUGUCGGCACCAUUCUGCUGCCCUGCAGCGUCCAACCCAAGCACUGACCUAGGUAGACGGGAGGUCAGGGUCGGGUGGGCUCUCUGGCCCGACAGGUGCUUCACAAGUAUCAUUAGCUGCGUGCGUGGCCCUAUACUGACAGCGGCAAGAGUGUGGACAGGGUGUGCAGAGACAAAAAUGCCCUACACCCAGGACGGGAAGUCAGUUGCCUGCAGACACCCUGACUUACCAGGUGCAUUCGUGUGCCCCAGUGUGACGGAACAGGGAGUCACUGGGAAGCCAAUCUCACGGCUUGGUUUGCAACUGGUGACUAGGAUGGGAGCCUAAGGGUCCACCACAGACCCUGGGUUCAGGCUCAAUCACGACUCUUCAUUUCCACCCUGGACCACUAGAGGUCAGCGCAAUACCGCAUUCUCACCCCCCACCCGGAAGGGGAAUGGAAUCCCAAACACUGGUAAGGAUCUAAGGGCAGGCUGGAGAGUUGGUGCGUGCUGCCCUAAGGUCUGGAAACCAGAGGCCGGUGAGAGCAUUUAAAUGCUCUACUCUACUUCUACCCAUGUGGGACUAAGAAGACACCAAUUCUAGGUGAGCUGGCAGGAAGAAGGGUUGUCCUGAGCCACCUGGUAACAAGUGGAGUAAGGCAGAGGGGACGCUGUGCUCACCCCGGUUCAACUACCUGGAAUUGGAUUAUCACUUCCCAAAUAAAGCUUGUGUC